AUGUUGCAGCAGCAGUCACUCCACCUUCCCCCCCAAACUUUCUCUGCAAAGGACCAUGUCUAUUAUUCCACUAAUGAUACCUCUCCCAUCUCUUCUCCUUCGCUGAAUCAAAAGCGCUUUCAGAAAGACUCCCUCGUUGUCUCAAGGUCCCUUUUCUCAGCACGCCCCAACUCCUUGUCAGUUUCAACUAAUUUGUCCCCUUCUCCCUCCCCCUCUCCUUCCAUCCCCUCCGCAACCCGCUCCCGCAGCCCUUACAUCUUCUCUGGUCAAGCUUCCAGUCCCAUGCCAUUCUACAACCCCCAGAAUGCCGUCCCAGUCUCUCCCACCUAUUCUCGCGCUUCUUCUAUUGCACCCUCUGUUGAUCAAGGCGUUCUCGCUCCGGGUGACGUCGUCGGAGAAGGAAUUUCCCUCCAGGGCGAACUCAUCCGCCUCGUGUCCAUAGGUUCAUCCCCAACUUUGCCAAACCCUGAUCACAGAGAACCUGCAACGGAAUUCGAGGUUGUCCGCCGUCUUGGAACCGGUAGUUAUGCCGUCGUCUACUUGGUACAAGAAGUCCUCUUUCGUCCAGCCCCUUCAGAAGACGGCCACAUGUCAACCAUUGGUUCCAUGGAGUUUAGUGAUGAUGGCAAGUUUGUUCGCAAUCCGGAAACAGUCUACGGUCGCAAUUUCGCCAUCAAAUGCCUUUCCAAAGCCAACCUUGACAAGGAUGCGUUGGCUGCCCAGAUGUCAGAGGUUAUGAUUCACCAGUCUCUCCAUCUACAUACGGGCAUCGUGACACUGCAUCGUACCUUGGAGACUCCUUCGUUCUUACUGCUCCUCCUGGAGUACGUUCCCGGUGAAGAUUUGUUUUACUUUUUGGAGCAGGCCCGCGACCAUUAUGACUUGGAUCAUCCAACCACCGACUCUUCAGUCUCUUCUUCACGAACACCCCCAACUCCCAGUCUUCUUUCCAACCUUCACCCCUCACAGCUACUCUCCCGUUCCCGUCUCCGCCUCAUAUCAUCCAUGUUCGCCCAGAUGUGUGAUGCUGUUGCCGCUUGCCACUCUCAACAAGUUUUCCAUCGCGAUAUCAAGCCCGAAAACUUUAUCGUUACCGACGGUUGGGUAUCUCAACCCAGCGGACGACUGGAACGCAAGGUCAUUGUCAAACUAACCGAUUUUGGCUUGUCCACAUCAGAUGUUGAUUCCUCUGAUAUGGACUGCGGCAGCGCGCCGUAUAUGAGUUAUGAGUGCAGGAAUAACGUAGCCCCUACAUACCGUCCCAGUGCUGCAGACGUUUGGUCUCUGGGUAUAGUGCUUAUUAACAUGCUGUAUCACUACAAUCCUUGGACUGACACCGCGGAAGGCGCCUGCUCCUCUUUUGACGCCUUCCGUCGGGAUCCCAUCAACUUUUUCAUGACCCGCUUCACUGGCAUGACGCGUCCCGUUGCAGAACUUUUGGCCACCAGAGUCUUCUGCAUCCUUGACAACCCCCAAGGCGAUUCUCAGCGCAUUACAGCUCACGAAUUUGGUCUGUGGGCCAAGAACCUUCCCGACCUGCUUGGCAAUCAUGGCGUUCACCGUACCCUGUCCAGCAGCUCUCAAGGCUAUCCUCUCUCGGCCACAAUGCCGUUCUCACAUCGACCGUCUUCUAGGCAAGCGUCCAUCAGUACCACCGCCGGACGCACUCCUGCCCUUCCUACACGUUCUCUUUCCCGUGCACCAUCACUCGGCCCAACCGAUGAACGAGAGGAAGCCUGCGAACUUUCGACCGUCAUAGAUCAAGAUGACGAAGGAGAGAAUGGUAAUCACAACAUUUUCGAUCUCGAGAUUGAGGAAACGACGUCCAGGUCGACUUCAAACCACAAACGUCGGAAACGAGGCGCCCGCAAGGGCAAGGGAGCUCCACUGUCAACAUCGCAGGAUGAGGCUUUGGCAACAUUGGCCGUAGCAUCGCAAUCCUUGGCUCGAGAGAUUAGCAAAGCUUCUAAAUCGUCAUCUCAUCGGUCUGUGUCUACCAAGACCAGUGCUGCUUCGUCUCGGCGGACUCGAGUUCCAUUUGAACCCCCUAGCAUGUACGCAAUGCCCACUGCACUUUUGGGCCCCCGAAAUGCCCCCCCAUCCUUGGCAUCACCCGUCAUUCCCCCUCCCGUCACGAAAAAGCCGUCAAAGUGGAAGCUCAGUUUUGGCAAAAACAGUGCCUCUGCUCUCGCUGCCAGCGCUGGGCGUGUAUCACCGGUGGAAGAAGUCUCGCUUGAUCUGUCAAACCAACCCUCUGCCACCGUCAGCAACGUUACAAACCUGCUCAUGGGUUUGAACGCACCAUCGCCUCAACCCCCUGUCGAGCCUCCCUUGUCAAAACCGGACGAUAGUUCUUUGGCCUGGAACAGAGGUCGUCGUGGACGUGGGCUCCCGCCUGCUAACCUCCCGAUCAGAUCACCACCCGCCUUUGCGAUGUCAACCAGCCCGCCGUCGACUCGCGAUCAUAUGUCCGACAAGCGAGAACUGUCGCCCCUUAGCUCUCGUAGCGGCCGGCCCUCAGCCUCAAGUGCGAGCUCCGUGGUGUCUGGGAAUUGGCGAAGCUCCAUGAGUACUUCUUCAAGUGCUGGUACCUCUACCUCUGCUUUCACGAGGUACAGCAACUCGAGCUCCCGGAGCAUCUCGACUACCGCCACGAGCGUUUCAUCGGCUAGCUGGCGUACAAGUGUCAAGCCAUCAUCUACUUCGUCGUCUUCCAACAUCUCCGCAUUCUCCAAUAUCCCCAAGAAUAUCAAGAUCAUGAACGGUGUUCCUUGGGAACUCGAUCAGCUUCCACGCGGACAAUUCCCUAACCCUGUUGGCGACAUCUUUGGUUCACCUCCUGUCCGGAAACAACGCACGAGGAAACCCAAAGAUCAGAAGCUUGAUACGAUCACUGAGCGUCCUCCCAACUUUGUCGCUCAGAAAGCACCUGAGCCGCGCAGGGAUGCGUCCACCAGCACCACGGACCUUGGUGGGCUGUCGAACGGAAAGGAUGAAGGCGCAGAUGGUGUCAAGAAGGUCCAGAAAGGCCAGAUCAACGCCUUGGCCAAAAUGUUGUCCGCACUCCGCCGCUGA